UCCGGGGAGCCGAGCCUGGAGUCCCCGGCGGCGGUGGAGUUAGAGCAGUUACCGGCCGUGGGGUUGCAGCAGCUUCUUAUCGUCUCCACGCACCGAGCAGGGCUUCUCCCGGUGGCGCUGCGGGUUCGGAGGGUCGGCCGCCAAGCAUAGGUUUCCUAAAAGACAGAAAAAUGGAGGAAUCAGUAAACCAAAUGCAACCACUGAAUGAGAAACAGAUAACCAAUUCUGAAGAUGGAUAUGUAUGGCAAGUCACUGAUAUGAAUCGACUACACCGGUUCUUAUGUUUUGGUUCUGAAGGUGGGACUUACUAUAUCAAAGAACAGAAGUUGGGCCUUGAAAAUGCUGAAGCUUUAAUUAGACUGAUUGAAGAUGGAAGAGGAUGUGAAGUGAUCCAGGAAAUAAAGUCAUUUAGUCAAGAAGGCAGAACCGCAAAGCAAGAGCCUAUGCUCUUUGCACUUGCCAUCUGUUCUCAGUGUUCCGACAUAAGCACAAAACAAGCAGCAUUUAAAGCUGUUUCUGAAGUUUGUCGCAUUCCUACACAUCUCUUUACUUUUAUCCAGUUUAAGAAAGAUCUGAAGGAAAGCAUGAAAUGUGGCAUGUGGGGUCGUGCCCUCCGGAAGGCUAUAGCAGACUGGUACAAUGAAAAGGGGGGCAUGGCCCUUGCUCUGGCAGUUACAAAGUAUAAACAAAGAAAUGGCUGGUCUCACAAAGAUCUAUUAAGAUUGUCACAUCUUAAACCUUCCAGUGAAGGACUUGCUAUUGUGACCAAAUAUAUUACAAAGGGCUGGAAAGAAGUCAAUGAAUUGUAUAAAGAAAAAGCACUUUCUGUGGAGACUGAAAAAUUAUUAAAGUAUCUGGAGGCUGUAGAGAAAGUGAAACGCACAAAAGAUGAACUGGAAGUCAUUCAUCUAAUAGAAGAGCAUAGAUUAGUUAGGGAACAUCUUCUAACAAAUCAUUUAAAGUCUAAAGAGGUAUGGAAGGCUUUGUUACAAGAAAUGCCUCUUACCGCAUUACUAAGGAAUCUAGGAAAGAUGACUGCUAAUUCAGUGCUUGAACCAGGAAAUUCAGAAGUAUCUUUAGUAUGUGAAAAACUGUGUAAUGAAAAACUGUUAAAAAAGGCUCGUAUACAUCCAUUUCAUGUUUUAAUUGCAUCAGAAACUUAUAAAACAGGUCAUGGUCUCAGAGGAAAACUAAAGUGGCGCCCUGAUGAGGAAAUUUUGAAAGCUUUGGAUGCCGCUUUUUAUAAAACAUUUAAGACAGUGGAGCCAACUGGAAAGCGUUUCUUGCUGGCUAUUGAUGUCAGUGCUUCUAUGAACCAGAGAGUUUUGGGUAGUGUACUCAAUGCUAGCACAGUUGCUGCAGCAAUGUGCAUGGUUGUCACACGAACAGAAAAAGAUUCUUAUGUAGUUGCUUUUUCAGAUGAAAUGGUACCAUGUCCAGUGACUGCAAAUAUGACAUUACAACAGGUUUUAAUGGCUAUGAGUCAGAUCCCAGCAGGUGGAACUGAUUGCUCUCUUCCAAUGAUCUGGGCUCAAAAGACAAACACAGCUGCUGAUGUCUUCAUUGUCUUCACUGAUAAUGAGACUUUUGCUGGAAGUGUUCAUCCUGCUUUUGCUCUCAGGGAGUAUCGAAAGAAAAUGGACAUUCCAGCUAAAUUGAUUGUUUGUGGAAUGACGUCAAAUGGUUUUACCAUUGCAGACCCAGAUGAUAGAGGCAUGUUGGAUAUGUGUGGCUUUGAUACUGGAGCUCUGGAUGUAAUUCGAAAUUUCACAUUAGAUGUGAUUUAACCAUAAGCACCAGCAUGAUCUAAGAGGUCCGUUGCCAUCAGUGAUCUCACUAAAAAUAUGUAGCUACUUCCCAGCUAAUCUUAAUCCAAUGAAAGAUGAUGAUAGUAUAGUAUGUGCAUAAUGGAAAAUUUACCUUACCAAAAAAAAAAAAAGAUGAGCCCAAAGUUCUUUCUGUCUACUAAACUAGCUUUUGGGAAAUAGCUUCAAAAUACACUGUAGCUCCCUCUAUCUAACAGAGAACUUCUUGUUGAUAGACACUGUAAAGUAGUCAAACAGUUUUGCUGUGGUGAAUAAUCACAUUUGUACGUAAAAGAAGUGAGAGCCAAAAGUAAGUAGUUCCUUAUCAUGUCACUUGUUUGAAAAGUGCUUAAAGUUUUCUUAAAUGUUUGCAUUGGGAAAGGACAGCUAUGAUAAUGUCCAAAUACUCUGAAAUGCACUGGACCAUGUAACUGUGAUGGAAUAUGAAAUUCAUGUGUAAAUUUUUAUACCAAGCAGUUUAAAAAAAAAAAAAGACAUUUGAUUAAAUUAUGAACAAGUUUUACAAAUUCCUUGAAGUUUUCUAAGAUCACGUAACUAGCAGCUUUCUUACUCUGUGAAAAAGAUGCUUUGAUAUUUUAUUUACACUUGUAGGAUUGUUACAUUAACCAGAAAAAUAGUGGAAAAACCCCUGAGAAAAGACACUAAAGUUUGUGUCAACUGAGGAAGUCUGUUUGGUUUGCAUUUUGUUUUUGUACAUUUUAUCACUGUGAGUGGGGGCAUGACUUGACAGUUUGUGCUAAAAUAUAACAACAAGCCAGGUGUAGCCACACUUUUUUUUUUUUCAUAGUCCUACCAAAUGAAAACAACAAACUGUUUUAAGCAUUUAAUUCCCCCACUCAUAAAUCUGAAAGUGACAAUUAAAAUCUCAACUGUAACCAGCUUAGCUUUUUCCUUACUUGAAAAUAAAUAUUCUAAUUACCUUUAACUAUUUUUUUAGUCAAUUGUCAGUGGGUUUUAGAUAUUUCCUAAUUGUAAACAUGUCAAUGACAUAUCUCUGUCCAUUAUUCAUUUGUGGCAAGACAUUCUUUUUUGAUAGUGUAAAAAAAUAAUAAUAAUAGAGCAAGCUAGGUCUUUCACGUUUGAAAGGCAACUUUUGAGUAACAUUACCACUAACCAGUCUGUAAGAAAAUUUUUUUUCUAUUUUACUUGUUAUGUAUAAUUAAACUUCCUUUUCAUUACA